GACCGUCCCUGUCAGAGGCGCGCGGUCGGCCGCCAUUACGAGACGUCAGCGCGCGCGGUACCAUGCUCGCCCGGAAACCGCAAUGUGUUGGCGCCAAGUGUCCAAACUACCAAAGAGCCCAGGAGUAUUCUUCAUAUGUUUAUUAUACUUCUCUUUGUACUUAACGAUCUCCUACUUCCUAAUAAUGCCGGUCACACAAGUAAAGUUUAUCAACGAUGCGCUGAGGAUCGGAGACAAAUAUUCUCUGAUUUUCCUUGCCGCUCCCGGGACGCCGGCGUUCACUGAUGCCGAAGGCGCUGACGUAUUUGAGAAUAGACGUUGCGGGAGAUGUUUUGUCACAAAUAACAAAGGAUUUCUACCCAUGAAUCUCUACGAUGCUGUCUUAAUUUUUCGAGAAACGAGCGACCAAGAAACUGCUAUGCUACAGCCAGAGAAACUUUACAACAUUGAAACCAACAUGAAUUGCAUAAGAAGUAAGUUCAAGAAAUGCAAACAGGAGCCGAGAGUUGUGGCUUUGGGCUCAAAGGAGACGUUUGAUCUGUGCAGUUUUUGUGAUCAUUUAAAAGUGUGAUAAACUUAGCCUUGUUAGAUUAAUGAUAACAGCCAAAUAGAUAGUUAUGUAAUUAUGCAAAAUUGGUGCUUGAGUGCUGAAUGCGUAUUGAAUAGACCUCUAAGAUAUUGCCUACUUUAAUAUUAACUAGUUUUAAGUGCAUAGAUAGUCAUAAAUUAAUAAUGAUAUUAUAAUGAAGUGGGUAGUACAAACAAAAUUUUGAGAAUCAAUAAUUGUUAAAUAUAUUUAUGUAAUUGAGAACAAAAAGAAACUAAUGUUAUGUUUAGCAAUCGUGAAUUCUAUUUUCAUUCAAUGUUUGUGUAAAAAUUGUUCUUACUAAGAGUUCCUAUACUUGGGGGCCUUAGUUUGAAAUUGUCACAAGUGAAGAUAAGCCUUAAGUUUUAUGUUUUAGAGUCCAAUAUUGCUUAGACAUAAGAUGUCACAUUUCUAAGAGUACCUAUUACCUAGUUGCAAUUUCAUAUUAGGGCCUUGUUUAUUCAUUCCGGUUUCUUGUGUAUUAAAAACAUUAGUUUAUUUUCUUAUUAAGCUACCUAAAGGCUUUUCACUUACAAUGAUAGAAUCUAGGGCUACACCAAAAUGUUAAUCAUUCGAUUUAGUAUUAUCCACAUGUUCCUCUAAUGAUUCCAAUCCAUUGUACUUAGCUAACUGCAAUGCAGCCGUGAGAUUCGGAUUGGUACCUACCUCUUUUGUAUUCCUCGAACUUUUGUCAUUAGGUGGCACAUUUUCGAAUUUUUUACCAUUUUUGAUAAUGUCAUGUGCCAUUACAUCUAUGGUGCCAUACGAUAAAAAGUCAUUCUGUUUUGUUUUUUUUUUUUGGAAAAUGUUGUAAUUUUAACAAUAGCUACUAGCAUAAUUAUAAUUGCAGCUAAAUACCUAUAGCAAUCCAUGUAAACUCUAUCCUCCUGUUGAAAUAGGAAUUAUUAAUAAGGAUUGCUACUAAUUACACAUUGUAAUCUUUUGUUAACAUGCAAUGCAUUCAAAACAGUCAGUUCUACUAUUUAAUAAGCUCAUUGUUGCUAAAAGAAGGUGAGAAAGCGUAAUACUGGUAGAUAUAGGUAUCUCUAGGCUUAAGUUCGCCGUUACAUUUUUUGUAAUAAAUAAAAUGCAGAAUGCACCAAUUUAAUAAUAAUAGGUUUAAUAUGAUUACUGUCUAAUUUGUUAAUACAAAUGUGGAGAGAUCUACAUUAAAUAAAUCCUUUUUGAUGUCAGUAAAUCUCAAAGAUAAAGUAUCUAAAUUGUGAGCUGGAAUUAGUGUUCCCAGGUCGUCAAAAAAAGCGGGACAGACCCGCCAGUGGCUGGACAUUUGGGUAACAGCGUAAAUUAUUGAAGUUUUCGUGAAUACAGCGAAAUAUUGUAUGUAAGAACGGCGCUAGUCUACACUCAUUUGAGAUCGCAAGGCUCGACUUGUGAAGUGACUAUGGUUUAAAUGAAGAACAGCUUAACUAAAGCCGGAUUUUGGCCGGACAUUCAAUCAAAAAGCCAAUGUCCGGCUUUAUGCGGACGCCCGGCAACGCUAAAUGGAAUCUAUAUUCCACAACAGCAUGGGGUUGUCCCUAUUAUUACCCUUUAUGCCCAGCGCCAUCGCCACUCCUUGAAAUACCCGCUAUGUUUCCGCUAGUUAUUAAUACAAUUAUGGCUAAUGGAUUCGCUAGUUGCUAUGGUCUUAAUAAAUGUAAUUGAAUAUUCGAAAUAUUAAAAUCUGUUUAUGCGAAUGGAUUCACAUCAAUUCAGUUAAAAUUGUAUUGUCAUUGAUUGAUUGGAUCAUAUUCAUUACAUAAUUGCUUUGUGAAUAAGUUCCCAACACAUCUGUUGACAGUGAAUCAUUCUAUUGUCUGUUAAUCUGGCUGUUAACUAACAAACGGUUGUGAUAUGGCCAUAAUCAUGAAAAGAGGUUUGAUAACACGGAGUACAUGCACUAAUGAAUUAGCCAAUCAAACACUCCAGAUAAACGACAAGCGAAGAACUCAAAAAUCAAAGCCAAAGAAACUGUCUUUUUUUCUUUUUAAAAAAUUAUCUACCAUUUGCCAAAAGUUUUAAUGAGAAAUCUCGAUGCGAAGAUCUCAAAAUGUAGUUUAAAAUUAUAACUAACACUGUUCAUUCAAAAUACAUCUUUAAAAGUGUAGAAUUUAUUGCUUCUUCUUUUUAGAAUAUUGUUGCUAUGCCUAAAACCUUUUAAAAUUUAUGAAAAUUCCUCUACAAAUAUCUUUUCUUUGCAGUCUGCUCCAUUUUCUGUGUAUUUUUGCUUAUCGUAAAAGAGUGCGUUAUUACGGUUUGCAUGUGUGAAAUUUAUUUAUAGGUGUUUACAAAAGAACAUCGUAAUUUCAUUUAAGUAGUCCACACACUUUGUUACGUAGUGCAGCGCACUCUCUGUGCCCGAUGUAUGACUAACUAAACAAUAUAUAUAACUAAACCUAUACAAUUUAUUGUACCUAUUUCUCAGUCGUUUAUUAUAUCAUGGAUUCUGACUUUCGAAUAUCUAAUAUCAUUCACUUUCAAAAUCAAAUGAUUUAUUCAGAAAUUAGGCCUUCACUACUAAGCUACAAACUACUAGCAUUUCGAAACGACCAAUAAUGAGAAGAAAUGCCGAAAGAAACUCAUUCAAACAAUGUUUGUCCCUAUUAUGCCAGAAAGGCUUACCAUUUUUUAAAUAUAAAUUUAUGUAUAAUUUUUUAUCAGUAAUAUAACAACGUUAAGUACACAAUAAAGUACAUGGUCAAAAGG